AUGGCCAUCGAUUACUCCCUCUACCUGGUUACGGACUCCACUCAGGCAAUCCUUGGAGACAAGGAUCUUGCUUCCGUGGUUGAGGCAGCUGUUGAGGGCGGUGUUACCGUCGUGCAGUAUCGAGAUAAGAAAAGCGAGACCGCUGAUCUGAUUCGCAUGGGAAAGCGACUCCGUGCCAUCACAAAGAAACACAACGUUCCCUUACUUAUCAAUGACCACGUCGGUGUUGCUCAGGCCGUUGGUGCGGAUGGAGUGCACCUCGGUCAGGAGGACAUGGACUUGGGAACAGCUCAAAGGAUCCUGGGUCCCGACGCCAUCAUCGGUGUGACAGCCAACAAUCUUUCCGAAGCAGUGGUAGCAGCGAGCGGAGGUGCCUCAUAUUUGGGGAUCGGAACUGUAUACGCGACGCCCACGAAGGAAAACACCAAAUCAAUUAUAGGCACCGCUGGGGUCAAAAGGAUUCUGGAUCGCCUGUCCACAAUGGAUAUGGCGAUCUCUACGGUUGCAAUAGGAGGGCUUAAUGACUCGAACGUGCAGCGUGUGAUGUUCCAAUCCAAAGCACCAAGCAAAGGACUUGACGGAGUAGCGGUGGUAAGUGCCAUCAUAGCCGCACAAGAUCCAAAAGCAGCAGCAGCUGGAUUGAGGUCUUCGAUAGGCAAAGUCCCUGUCUCCAUGAGCCCUAAUGCGGGUGAGAACCAGAAUGUCGAAACGCUGUUGAGCCAGAUCCCCCGCAUCGUCAAAGAAUUGGGCGUCAAGUCCCCCUUGUGCCACAACAUGACCAACUUAGUGGUCCAGAACUUCGCAGCAAAUGUGGCUCUGUGUAUCGGCGCAAGUCCCAUUAUGGCAAACUACGGCGAAGAAGCUAAGGAUCUGGCCGGACUGGGUGGUGCACUGGUCGUCAACAUGGGCACUGUCACACCAGAUGGCUUGACCAACUAUAUUUCAGCAAUCCGCGCAUACAAUGAAGUCGGUGGCCCUGUCUUGUUUGAUCCCGUCGGUGCAGGAGCCACGGCCGUCCGCCGGCAGUCCGUCAAGACGCUCAUGAGUAAUGGCUAUUUCGACCUCAUCAAGGGCAACGAGAACGAGAUUACAACGGUUCUUGGAGAAAGCUUGGUGCAGCAAAAAGGUGUCGACAUGGGCGCUAGCACCACUGAUGAGUCUGCCAAGGCCCAGUUGGUGAAGAAGUUGGCCGCAAGAGAACGGAAUGUCGUUCUCAUGACGGGGAAGACGGACUAUCUGAGUGACGGCGAAAGAACGUACGCAAUUAAGAAUGGACAUGACUAUCUUGGCAAUAUAACCGGCAGUGGCUGCACAUUGGGUACCACGAUAGCAGCGUUCCUCGCUGUGCACAAAGGGGAUAAGUUGCUUGCCGCCCUGGCAGGUAUCCUGAUGUAUGAGAUCGCGGCUGAGCAGGCUGGAGAGAGGGAAGACGUUAAGGGGCCUGGUACUUUUGUACCUGCGUUCUUGGACCAGCUGUAUAGGAUUGCUCAGAGCGCAUCAAAGGAUGAUUCUGAAUGGCUUCGGGCCGCGAACAUUGAGAAGUUCAGUGUCUGA